AUGCGGAUCUGGCGAUUCCGGCCAACCUUUGGGCACGACAUGCAACAUGAGUUUGUGGCCAAGAAGAAGGCGGAGUUUGCGGCGCAGUUGGCAGAGAGGGAUCAGAAGAUCCUGGAGCUCGAGGAGCAGCUUGCCGAGGCCCGGCAGCGGGAAGCAGAGCUGCAGCGAAGACUCGCUGAGGCCCACAGCGCGAGCCCCGGGGCACCAACUCCGGCCAUGCCUACCCCUGAGGCUCCCAUGGCAUCCCUGCCCUUGCCAGAGGAGGAAGAGGUGGAGCAACCCCGGGUUUAG